AUGAUCAAGCACACCAUCACCAGCUGGAACGUGAGGAGGUGCAUGGGGAUCCCGGAAAAGCGACGCAACAUUUACACCUAUUUAUCAACAUUCAAAGCAUCCGCCAUUCUACUACAAGAACACUUCAUCAAACCGGAACUCUGGCAAUGUAUCAAGGACGAGUACGAGGGCAAGGUCUUCAUCAGCAAACACUGUCUGACUCUGAUCCCCGCCGACUCGCCCCUGAUCGACGCCGAGAUUUUGCGCACCCACUCGGCACUCGACGGACGAAUCCUGGUCACCUCCUUUCGACUUCGAGGCGACAUCCGGAUACUCGAGAUCAACAACAUUUACGCACCAGUCGAUACAAAACAACGACUCACAUUCUUUGACAAACUACAUUUCCACAGGACGCAGAGCACCCACCUUCGACUCCUCGGCGGCGAUCUCAACGACUGCCCGCUGCCGGCGAUCGAUCGGCGGAACCAAGGUCGGCACGGCCAUCACUGGCCGAUCCUGAUCGGCAAGCUCGACUCGCCCUACACCGACUGCAUACGAUUCAAACACCCGCUCACACCAUCUUUCACUCGACCCAAUAUCGUCCGCAAGCGACCAAAGUCCUUUUCACGACUUGACUACUUCCUUCUGCAGCGCACCCACCAAAAGCGACUCGUCCAAGCCUCGACGAUCUACGACCACCCCAAGGACCUUUCGGAUCACCGACCGGUCUCGAUCGUCCUAGUUCUCUCGGACGAGCGAGGAGACGCGGCUCAACCCAACAACAGUUUACCAACGACAUCAAACCAAUUACAUCGUAUCAACGCGGCGACCUUCAAGACGGCGGAGUUCCAGGGGAUGUUGGAAGGAUGGUUGGAAGGAGCGAGUGGGGAGGAACCGGUGGGGGAGCUCGAGGUGGUGCUGGGGAACUGCGCGAAGGAGGGUCGGGAGCUGGCGAGGAGGGAGCAUCGGGAGCGGGUGGAGCGGAUGGCGGUCUUGGUGGGAAGGGUGCAGGAUCUGGAGGCGUUGCCGGUGAUGGGGGACGAGGAGACGGCCGAAUGGACGCGGACGACGGAGGAACUUAGGCGAGCGGUCAACGAGCGCGCGCGCCAACUUCGGAUCCGAGCCCACGUACCCGAAAUCGCUACCGAGGAACGACUGUCGCGGCCGGUCCACGCCAAGCUCGCGGCACGGAGUUCGGAUUCCAAGAUCACAGCACUGCGAUUGCCCAACGGAGAGCUGACACAUGACAUUGACGUCGCGCUUGACCACACACAGGCGCACUUUCAGCGCCUCUACGAUCUCGAGCCGCGCGAUCGGGACCACGUCGAGCGACUUAGGGACGAUUUCUUGGCGCCGAUCAGGUCGGCGCGCACUUGCGAUGACCCGAGCUCGGACCCGCUCUUUCUGCGACGACUCUCGGAAGCGCACAUCGAGCUGCUGCAGCAACCCAUCACCGAGGACGAGGUCGUAGCCGCAAUCGCAACAACACACCCCGGUCGAUCGCCGGGUCCAUCUGGCGUGCCCUACGAGCUCUAUCACACAGCGCCGCGGGCGUGGGCCAAGGCGCUGAGCAGGGCCUUCAACGCGAUGACCGAGCGCGGCUCGCUUUCACCGAAGCAGGGGCAAGGACUCGCUCGCCUGCUCUUCAAGCACCACAAGAUCGGGGCCGAUCGCGCCGAGCUCUCGUCGUACCGGCCCAUCACCUUGCGCGAGUGCGACUACAAGCUCUUCACCAAGGUCUACGUUGCGCGACUCAACCACGUGCUGCCGGACCUGCUCCCACCGCAACAGCACGGCUUCGUCAAGGGCCGCCGAUCGGCGGACGCGUCAUUCCACCUGCGACUCUUGAUCGAGGAGCUGGGCGCGCGCGGCACCGAGUUCCCUGACGCGGCGCUCUUGUCUCUUGACCAAUCGUCGGCUUACGACCUCGUCGAGCACGAAUGGAUCUUCGCCAUCUUCGACGCUCUCGGCGCUCCUGCCGCCUUCCAACGCGUUCUGAGGAUGCUCUACUCGGGUGACUCAACCACGGCGCGAUAUAUCAUCAACGGCUUCUUGACUCCGCCGGUGCGGCUGACGUGUGGGCUCGGCCAAGGGGACCCGGCGUCGUCGUCGGUCUGGGAUGUCGUGUUCCAGCCGUUCCUGGAUGCUCUGCACCGUCGAGGCAUCGCGCUGAACCUCUCGCUUCCUACCAUUCACCCCUACCCACAGAGCCGCGCCAUUACAUCCCUUGCGUUUGCCGAUGACGUCGUCGUCGCCGUCGCGGGCUCGGAGUCACUCAACUUGCUCGACGACCUGGCGCUCGACUGGAGGCAUGCAACGAAUGGCCGGCUCAACACGGACAAGACGGUCGUCCUACCGAUUGGACGUCGCUGGGACCCUGGGGAACGGCCAAUCGUCGUCAAGGCCGCAGGCGAGUCGCUCGAGUGGAUCGGCCUCCCCUUCGACCCCAGCGGCGACACCGAACUCGCCUACGCGAAUCUCAUCGAACGGCUCGAGGCGACGCUGGAAGCGGUUCAGCAUCGCUGGCUCACGCACCACACCCGUGCCUUUUACGUCAAUCGGUACGCCAUUCCCAAGAUCCUGCAUUUCCUUGCAGCCGACAUCCCGCCGCCCGAAGUCGUCAAGAAGCUCGAUGACAUGCUCGUCGAUUUCGUCCGUGGGGGCAAGGGCAGGACCAGCUACGGCAGAGACAUUGUGUUCACCGCCAAGAACAAGGGGGGACUCGGGGUGAUAAGGAUGCGGGACGUUGUGGACGCGGUUGCGGCACGGCUCUGGGACGUUCUUCUCGGCGGUUCCGGCGCGAUUUGGCAAGGACUUGCGCGCGCAUCACUCCAGCGAGCUCAGCCCGACCUCGACCUGGCCACCGAUCUCUGGCCACAUCCAUCCACUCCCAUCCCCAACGACCUUCAUCCCCGAUGGCACGCCGCACUGGGCGUUCCGAAACUUCACGACGCGCAGGUCAACCCGAGGGCCUUGACCACCGCGAACUUGCUCGCGCUGCCCACCCUGCUCGGCAGCCUCCACACCCCCAUCAGAGGGAGACAGACCAUCGACGCGGUUCAUGUACCUGACUACCUUCGUCUCCAGGGCUACCCGAAGGUGGCGGAUCUCUAUCGACGCGAGUUGUAUGCGGGUGGGGGGUUUCACCUCUGGACGCCGCCGGCGGAUGUGCUCGGCGACAACAGCGAGUACGAUCGACGCGGGCUCCCGCAGCGACUGGCAAUCGCGGCCUGGUACCGGUUCACUGUCGAUCGACACAAGAACACCCCCUUGGCGGCGGCGGUGGCGGCGGGACGACUCAACGUGCCUCCCCGGAUCGGCACCAGCGCACCACUCGAGGCGAUCAUCCCCAAGCCCGUGGCCCGCUUCGCAAUGGAGCAGCGCCUUCCGGACCCGGUGCUUCCACAACAGGCGAGCCAGUAUACGCUGCUGAACAUGGCUCGCCCCUACACAGUCCGUCGCAUCCGCCGGGUCCUGAACGCGAAGGCAUUUACCAACAUGCUCGGGCUCAAGGGACCACCGCAGCCGGACGACCUCAGGAGCUUCUGGAAGGCAGUCAACUCGAAGGCACUGACGGCGAGGGAGAGGGAAGUUUGGUUCAAGCUGAUCCUCCGCUUCACCCCGACGCGCAAACUCCAGCACGAGCAAAAGCACGACACUUCUCCCGCGUGCCUCGUGUGCGAAGCGCCGGUGGACGACACCGAUCACUACUUCUUCGGCUGCGUCGACUCGCGGAACAUCUGGACCGCGGCAAGGGGCGUGCUCUGCGACGCGCUCGGAUGCGACACGAUCGAGGACGCCGAGUACACGACACUACAACGACUCUUUGGCCUCCCCAAGCUCAAGGCCAAGCUCAGCGAACAGGAAGGCGCAGGCAGGACGAUCGAGAUCUUCACGGGGAUGGUCUUGGAGAUGAUCAGCAGUGGGAGAUGGAGGAUGCAGAAGCACGGGACGAGGAUGGAAAGCCUGGAGCGGAGGAGGGUGGUACUGGAGGAGAGGAUGAAGUUGAGGGCGGGGGGAGCAAGGGGCGGGCGAGGGCAGUAG